GUACGGUCCAGCCAGUCCGCCCGCGGCUGCGGACUGUUGCUGCUGCCAGCCAGCUUACUUGCCCAUUCCGGCGCGCGUUUUGCCGUUGUGACAAGACAGGCGGCCUUCUUCCUUUUCGCCCUUUGCAGAAUCGUCAACGGCCAGAGUGUAUACCAUAAAUCAUACUAUUGAGUAUUGGAAUACGGGGAAUUUACCGAAAGGUAGCUUGCUUUAACGCGGGAGGAAAAAAAGCACCGCCUGAAAGGACACUCAACGCCGCGACCGAAUUAAACUAAAAUCCCAAAACAUCUGCCUAGCCUACCUAUCGUACCGCAAGGAGAAAAGGGAGGGCGACAAUAACUGAGAAGAUGUCCACAACAAGGGACAGGGAGGAGGACUCGGAGGACUCCUCCUUCUUGUUACCGCAGCACCAACCGACUGUGAACACCAACAACAGCAGCAGCAGCAGCAGCAGCAACGAUGCCGACGACGACGAUGAAGACUACGACCUCCUCACCGCUGGGGACGACAACGCUCAAGAACCCGAUUACUACACCCUCCUCAACCUGCGCCGGCACCCGCCGCCGACGGACGCCCAGAUCCGCUCCGCCUACCGCGCGCUCACCCUCUCGUUCCACCCGGACAAGCAGCCGGCGCACCUGGCCGAGGCGGCCAAGCAGCACUUCGAGCGGAUCCGCGAGGCCUACGAGACGUUGAUCGACGGCCGGAAGCGCGUGGUCUAUGAUCUGUUGGGGGCGGAGGGGGUGCGGGAGGAGUUUGGCGAGGCGGAGAGGGUUGGUAGCCAUGGGGCGGCGGCGGAGUGGAGGGUAGGCUUGAAGGCGAAGAGUCCGCAGGAGUUUCGGCGGUGGUUCUUGGAGAGGAUGAAGGCUAGGGAGCGGAAGGCGGUGAAUUCUUUGGUGGAGGGCAAGGGUUCGUUUACACUCGGCGUUGAUGCUUCGAAUACGAUCACUAUCGAUGAGGAUGCCGGCGAGGUCUAUCUGAAUGUCCCGGAUCCGAAAUUGUCGAAGUUUGGCGUGGCGUUUGCGUUCAAGGCGCCGUUGCCGACGUGGAGGAAUAUUGCGGGGGAGGACGAGAUGGAAGACGACGAUGACAACGAGAACGAAAAUGGGGCGGACGAGGACGGUGCGGUCCCUGACCUCAGUUCGCUGGGGGAUGGACCGGAGAUGGUCAUCAAUGCUGGGAUCUCGGGCAAGAUUCGCCAUUUGACGCAGAAACUGCAGGUUCAGAUCGAAGAUCAGGAGCCGGAGGUUGUCGAGGUUCCUGUCCCCUUGGUCAUCUCGACUAAAGAAUUGCAACUGGGUGUGGGCGUGCACCACGCCUUCGGAGAUCUGGCCGGCUCCAAGGGCAUCCUGGGCAAGCCUGCCUUGUCGUUCCUUCAGUACUCGGGCCUGGCGUUGAAUGCUUCGGUGCUGCCAUUUCCACAGCUCGAUGUCAACUGGGCCAAGCCUUUCACCCUCGUCCGCGGGACGAGGCCUUUCCGGCUAGAACUGAACACGGUGUUCCAGCGGCCGGUUUGGGCUGCUCCGCCGAUGCUGGGCGCUCGGCUGUCGAAGCAGAUUGGCGACGAGAAACAUGUGUUUGCCAAUCUGGACAGUGGGACGCUUGUCUGGCCGGUUUGGUUCCGCCAGCUCCUAAGCCCCAGUUACGAGAUUCAAGAUGACUUCAAGUAUCUGCUCUCUAUUCCUGGACAAUUGAGCCAAUUCCAAUUCGGUCUCUUGUCCCAGCCGACGACCAGGUAUAUGGCUAGUAUUGACGAUGAUGAGGAUGACGGCGAGUUGGACGAGGACGUCGAUUUUGAGGACGUCCGCUCCAAACACCGCAAGAACAACCGUGCUGCGGAAGCGUGGCAGGUAGGAGUCGCAGUCAGCCCGGCGAUGGGUGGCCUGUCCUUCAACUACUCUCGCAAUAUCUUCUCUGGCAAGCCGUCCACUGAUGCAUCACUUUCCCAAUGGAGCUCGGAGGGGCAUUAUCGCCUUCCUCAAGAGAAUGAACCCCGGUCCGUGAGGAUUGGCGUCCAGAGCACGGUCGGGUUCGACCUGUCGCUUGGCUGGCACAUCGAGGGAACCCGUCGGGUUGGUGACCUGGCCCGCAUGGGGCUGGGUGUAGGUGUCCAAUCGGCGAAUGGCUUGGUUAUGACCCUUUCCUGGAGCAGGCUGGGCCAGAACAUCCGAUUGCCUAUCACGGUGUGUUCCUUCGAAGCGGCUAACGCUGAUGCCGCUGCGGUGGCGGUCCUGCUGCCCUGGGUCGCGUACUGCGCGCUGGAAUUCGGGUUUAUCCGUCCGAGGGAGCGGAGGAAGCACCGUCGGGUGAUCGCCCGACGACAGAAGCAGCUCAAGAAGCUGGUACCCAAGAAGAGGGAAGAAAGUCAGCAGGCGAUCCAGCUGAUGAUGGAUCAGGUGCAACGGCGCCGUGACCGGGAGGCCGCGCACGAUGGCUUGGUGAUCACCCGGGCCGAAUACGGCCACUACCCCAAGAAGAAGCGAAGCGAUGGCAGCGAGAGGGACCCUGAUGUGGCCGAUGUCACUGUUCCGGUCAUGGCGCUGGUCGACAACGGUCAGUUGGUGAUCUCUAAGAACUCGGCCAAGUUUCACAUCCUCGGGUUCUAUGACCCUGCGCCUCUGCUGCCCAAGACCCUGAAGAUCUGGUACACGUACCACGGCAAGGAACAUUACGUGGAAGCGGGUGACAAGGAAGGGGUUACCUGCCCUAUGCGCUCGCAUAUGGUAUGAGCGAGGUCAUGAGGCCUUUUUCUUCGUUGUUUGAUUGUUGUGUUCAUUUCAUACUUUCUUAAUGUAAACGUGACCCACUGACAUCGGAUCCUCCACGAUGCAUAUGGGCUUGCUCCAUGAUGGUUGUCUGUGUAUGAUAGACCUGCGAAGUGAUUCCCCUCUCAUCGACUACUCUUUUACUGGCGAUGAUCUAAGAUUUGAUGUACUGUACUGUACUAUAAAGCAUAUAAAUGGACAUC